GAGAUAGGGCUGGAUAUACAUAUACAUAUGUGUUUUUAUAAACAUAACAGUAAAGAUAGUGGAUAGUGGAUAGCCGGGCGUGACGUACUAUCAGGGCCGAUAAGCCCCACAACCGAUCCCAACUGCGCAGCGGCAGCGCCAGCAGCAACAACAACAACAAGCAGGCAAUCAGAGCUGCGCCUUGUUGUGAUUUCCACGGAAAUCGGAAACUCCGGAUAAAGCUGGCCAAUCAACUUGUUGCGGGAUCCGCAGCGUCGCCCAGUAUUGAUUUAGCACAUAUAGCUGACAGUUGUGAUUCCGAUUCCGAUUCCCAGCCAGCUGUCGUCUCUGUAUCUGCCCCAAUAUAUUUACAUAUAUAUAUUCCAUAAGCGACGCUACGCUACGCUUCUCCAAAAACCGAUACGAUACCAUAUUUGUGUUCGGUUUUCAUUCGUGGAGGGCAUCGGAAGUGGUGGAGGAAGAGGAGGAGGAGGUGGUGGACACCACACCACACCAUACACAUUAGAGCAAAGCGGAAUUGACGCAAUUGUUGAGAACUAUUUUAAUGGCCAGCCAGCGGGUCGAAAAUGUACGAAACUCAUCAAAUAUUCAGAAGACAAGCAGUCAAUAAGGAGGAGAGGCAGUGAUUGCCCGGAAUCGGAGUGUCAAUUGGCCGAUGGAAUCGGAGGAGUACGCAGUGGACGCCAUUGCCAUGGAGAGUCGCCACCGCUUGCCGCUGUUCCCCAUCGAACCGGAGCCAUGCGCCACGACCACGCAGCGCCUGACGCUCCUGGCCACCAGACUACUGCGUGCACUGCAAUUAAACUGGAGGAUUAUUGUUUCGGGCAUCACGCUGACACUGCUGGCCGUCAUCUGGUAUUAUCCCACCUUCUUUCUGUUCUUCGCCUUCGUGGUCUAUUCUCUGGUCUUGGUCUUUGCGGCUGUGGCCGGCACCGUCUAUAUCCAUUAUAUAUUCACUACCAACGAGCCGACGCCACCGAGUCGCGUGUCCUCGCGACUGCUCUACAAUGCCACCAAGAGCAACAUCUUCGAUCUGCCCAAGCCCAUCAAGAAUCCAUCGAAUCUGCCAUUGAUAUUCGGUAAAACAGUGGAUCUGCAGCUCCAGCAGAUCAUUGAGUAUGUGCUGCGGGACUUUAUGUUGCCCUGGUUGGGGUAUGUGGUCACCAAGCCCAAGCUGAUCAACGAUGUGGUGCGCGAGGAUCUAUGGAAUGCCAUACAGAAGAUUCAUGAACGGGCCACCAGGAUGGAUGCCGCCAAGAUCAUAGCCGUGGACAUGGUCAACCGGGUGACAGUGCAUCUAGAGAAGAUUCGCAUUGCCGAGGCCAGAGCGGCUGAUACAAAUUCGCCGCCAGUUUUCAGUACCAACUCGUACCUCGCCGACGAGGAGAAGGAGAUGGAAUUCCUGCGCAAGCUGUGCGAGAUUAUGGUGAUCCUGCUGCUGCCUCGCGGCUACUCUUUGCCACCCUUGAAGGUCCUGCUUAGCGAGAUUCUCUCCUACAAGAUAUUCUUUCCGAUGAUCAAAAUGCUGACCGCACCGGACUACAUCAACCAGAAGGUGGUCCAGAACAUUGAGACCCGCUUGGCGGCGGCGGCGAUGAGCAAGCGGAGCUACGAGUAUGCAGCCAGCUUCGAGGACUUCCUCAAGAUCAUCAACAACUCGGGCAACCUCGAGGAGCUCUCGCUCAUCCGCAAGAGCAUUGUGAACGACCUGAUGCAUGCCACCACCAUGCAGAACCUGCAGCGUGCCAAAGGCCUCGAUCCGGACCACGAGGACCACUCGCUAUCCAAGUCGGAACUCACGGCCGCCGUGCGGCUGAAGCGCUACGUCCGCCAGCUCACGAUGGCCAAGGGCGAGUGCGAGAAGAACUUGGCCAAGUUUGGCUGGAAUGGCAACUACUCCAGCGAUAUUGACCUGACGCUGGUUGAGAUCCUGAACACGGCGGUGGGCCGUCGCUACUUCACCCUGUUCCUGGAGCCACUGAAGGCGAGCGCCCUGAUUGGCUUCUACCUGGCCGUGGAGGAGAUCAAGCACGCGCACAAGUCGGUCAGCCACCAGUUGGGCACCGAGAUCUUCUACACGUACAUCCGGGUGCCCAAAUCGGAGAUCCAGAUCGACAAGCACGAACGUAAGCUGAUCGAGACGUUCCUGCUGGGCGACGCCGAUCCUGACAUCUUCUUUGAGAUCCAGCGCAACGUACUGCGCACUCUGGAGGAGAAGUACUAUCCGCCAUUCGUGCUGAGCGAUCAGUACCGGCAGCUGAAGGAGGCGCUGGACUCCAAUGAGAUAGCCGAUCCCACGCUGAUGAUGUGCCACCCCAUGGGCGAUGCCCCGGAGCCGCUGGCGGACGAGCAUCAUGGUGCAUCGGAUGGCCUUAAUGGCGGAGCCGGCGGUGCCAUCGAUGUGGCCGCCCAUACAUCGUAUGCACGUCGAAAGUUGGAACAAAUACAGGAGCGCAUUGACAAGAAGAACCAGGCGCUGGACGCCCUCAAGUACUCGGUGAAGCCGGAGUCCAAGGUGCUCUCCAUUCUCGAGAAGGAGAUGGAGUGGCUGAAGAGCGAGAAGCGCCAGACGGAGGCGCAUUUGCGGCGCACGGACGCCUGGACGGAGCACCUGGGCAAAUGGAAGGCCACCAUCCAGAGUGUGGAGGUAUCCGAUGAGAAGGAAUCGUUGCAAUUUAUGAUCCUGGUGCAUGUGGACGAGGACAUUAACGCCCCAGUUCAGCCGACGUCAUCGAAAAACGGCGACGGCGGCCAUGCCAAUCUUCGCAAGCGACCGUCGGGCAUCUCCAGUGGCUGGGUGGUGAUGCGCUCCCUCAACCAAGUGCAUGAGUUGCAGCGGAAACUGCGGCACGUUAGCUCCAACCUGAAGGCCAUCGACCUGCCCACGAACUUCAAGUUCUUUUUUCUGAAAACCGAUCGACAUGGCCAGGAGAAGGCAAAGGCACAGAUUCAAAAGUUCUUGAAUUUCAUCCUGGAAGACGACCAUCUGAAUGGCAGCGAAGCCAUCUACACGUUCCUCAGCCCCAGUUCGGACCACCUGAAGCAAUCGCUGCCCUCGCCAAAGAAGUCCAAGUUCUCGCUGGCCACGCUGUUCCGCAGCGAUGCUGGGAAGGCGCACGAGGCCACCAAGGCCACCGAUCCCUUUUGGGGGCUGCAGCGCGACGACGAGGACAUCUCCACGUAUCUGGAUGGCGAGUCGGGCGGAGAGGCCAAAUUGCUGGCUGCCGAUCUGGACAGCAAGGAUUCGAUAGCGGAACCAAUGUACGCCCUCAUGGGCGAGAUCUUCGACAUGGGCGGUGUGUUCAAGUGGCUGCGCAAGAGCCUCAUCUCCUUUGUCCAGAUCACAUACGGCCGGACGAUCAAUCGGCAGAUCCGUGAGUCGGUGGCCUAUCUCUUCGAGGAGUCCAUGCUGCACAACUACUUCUCGGCCAUCCUCAAGUCGUUUUGGCCAGGCGGCGUCCUGGCCUCCGCCUAUCCCACGCGAUCGGAGGACAUGCGCGAGAUGACAACCACGGCGGCCAAGGCCCUGCUCACCGACCACAUACCGGAGGUGCUGUGCAAUCUGGUUGGCGCCCAGGCGGCCAAACGAGGUGUCCUCAAGGUUUUCGAGGCGCUGCAGAAUCCCGCCUACAACAAGCAGCUUUUCUACGAGCUGCUGGAGAUACUAAUGAUUGAGUUUUUCCCCGAAAUCCGUCAGCUGCGGGUGAACAAUGCCAACGGAACCAAGUUAAAUACGGCCACCGCUGGAGCGGCAGCCGCCUCCGCAGCGGCGGCACUGGUGGCGGCCACGGCAUCCGCUUCGCUGCCCUCGCUGAACCACAGUGGUGCAUCGGCGGCGGGACACCAGAACCAUCAGGGUGGAUCCUCAGCGACGACGGGCGGAUCCUUGGCAGGCGGAAGCGGUCCCCUCGGCGGUGGAGCAGCAUCAGGGUCGCACCACCAAUCACACUACCAUCACGCGUCCCACCACCACCACCAGCAGCAGCAGCAGCAGCACCACCACCACCACCACUCGCAGGCGGGCAGCUCCAAGUAGAGUACUUUACUUUAACUUAAGCCUUGUUUUUUUAUUUAUGUUUUUCGUUUUGUUUCGAUUUUAUGUUUGAUGUUUAAUGCUCUCUCUGCAUCUCUUUCUGAUCGGUGGAUGUUGUCGAUUUAGCCGGAGAAAGGGAUCACGAAGAAUAGUUAUGUAAGAACACAAAAGAACUCAGUAGUUACCAGUAUCAUUCCCUGUACAAAUGCAGACUCCAAAAAACCAAUUGAUUAGUACCCUGUUGAUUCGUUUGUCCACAACCACGUCCUGUAGCCGGAUUUGUUUGUUAUGUGUAUAUGUCUGUAUAUAGGUCAGUAUUAAGCGUUGUACCAAAUUGUUGUUUAUAUACUCGUAUAGUGAAAUGUGACACUCAGCUUUGAUUGAUUAUAGAUAUAGUUUAGUAACAGGUAUUGAGCCCAAAGUUGCGUCUGCAGCUGGCAGCUGGUGAGUCGGUGCCUGUGAUCCCCAUUCCGCUCCAGCUGCAGAUCCGUCUGUCCCACAAAAAAAGAUUGUAGACCACAAAACCGGUGAGAUUAGUUUGAGGCAAAGGUGUAAGCGUAUUAAACAGUGCGUUCCAUGGCCAUAAGGCAGGUAUAGAGGUCACAACUUUUGUUGCUUUAACAUUACUUUAAAAGUGGGUGUUUACAUUAUAUUUACUCCAUUUGGUGAUUCUUUAAAGGCAGGAUUUUAAUUUCUUUAAUGUUUAAUUUUAAGACUUAUGUUUAAUUUCGAUUAAACCCUUUUAUCUGUUAUUUAUAGUUUAUUUUAUCACUUUCCCUAUAGUCCAACAACUGUAUUCUUAUUUCGAAUUUGUAUUUUAAGCCAGUUAUUUGGUAAAACCUUUUACACUUCAAUUAAAAUUUGUAUUUAAAAUAUUCCUUACUGACCGAAAAUUAUUGGACAUAAUUGUUAAGUUCUAUGGUAUCAAAUAACCUUUAUGACUAAGUGUUGGAUGAGGCUGUCUGAAAUACAGUGCGUUUGAUAACAAUAAAACAGUCGCAAGUGAGGACUUCGAAGAAGUAUUAAUCCUAUAGCAUUUGGAGUCAUCCGAUUGCAUUUUGAUACCAAAUUAAGUACACAAAUCUAAAUUAGUAAAUUGAAUAAUGACCGAAAACUGUUUUAUGGGCCUGAAACGUCCAAUCCACACCCAUUCUAGCACUAGGCAAAAUGGCACUUAGACGAUUAAUCCCAGUGAGCCAAACGUAUCCCACUUAAGACCCACAUCCAGGCAGACCUUCUAGGCGCUUUCAAUCUAUUUAUGUAUUGCAGUUGUACACUUUUAUGUGAAAAUGCGAAAUAAAGAUAGCUAUUUAUGUA